CGGGUGUUGUCUAGCCGAAGAAAGAAACUUGGAGAAACCCUUGCUGCUCUUCUCUCCAUUUUCGAUCGGACCUGCAACUUUGGGAAGAUGAAUUUGAUCAGGAUUGCGACCAAAUCCCACCGUCCGAUUCGAUUUGGUCAUCAAAGUCAAGGCCUCUCGUGGGUCCUUCGUGGCUCGCCGAAACUUUUCUCGACAGAGGCUGAACAGUCGACUGGAGACGCUUCCGCUGAUCCAUUUCUUGCAACUCCAAGCACAGGUCUGGUUUUUGGGAAAUUGUUUGGCAUUUCGAAGUAUACAACAAAAAAGGAUAUCCUCAAUUUGCUAGAAGGAUGUAACUUGAGUUUGGAUGACCUUAAAGUCGAUUACAAUAGAAGCUAUACUCCGACUGGGAUGUUGAUUCAAUUCCCUUCUCGGUUUGCCUAUGAUUUUGCAAUUAGAGCAAUUGCUCGGAAGGGUCGCCUGUAUCGACUGGACAAGGCUGAUCAGUCCCGUUGGGAUCUUGUCACACCCUAUAAUGGAAAAGCUGUGCUGCUGCAAGGAAUCCCGCGCGAUGCUAGUCAAGACGAUGUAGAGCGCUUCCUUUCAGGGUGUGCAUAUGACGCGUCGACAAUUCAGAUCUUUUUAAAGUCAGUGAUGAAUUGUUUGUGUCUUAAAAAGCAGGCAUUCCCAGACCCCGCAAAAAUGGCAAUUGUGCGCUUCCCCUCGCCGACACAAGCGAUGCAUGCAUUCAUUACAAAGAACAGAGGAUUCUGUCUCAACAAUCAAAUCUUGGUUCGAGUUCUCCACUAAUCCAUAUUCUUUCGCCCAAAAUUUUGUUGGUAGAUCAUGUUUGUGACCGUUGAGCGUUCAGGAAUUAUGGUAGUUGUAGUCUGUGUGCUUAAGCCUCAUUUGCUUCGAAUGUUCCUCUCUGUCGCGAUACAUUUUAAGGAUUUCAACGUUCAUUUAUAUGUUAUUAGGCUUCUUGUUUUGCUUGGAGUACUGAAAGCAAUGAAAACAACUGCUUCCAUGGACCUUAAUUAACCAUUCAUUGAUGGUAAUUGGCCUAAGAGAGUUAGGGAACUGACUCAGCAGCCCUUUUGGGUUA